AUGACCCAAGAGUCAGAAGUUAAGUAUCUUGUGGCCGUGGUGCUCGAGCUCACAGGGAGACUAGAUCAUGCGGCUAUCUCUGCAGGUAUAUAUGCGUCGAUAUGGGACGAGGAAGAUAGCAUCAUCACGACCGAGUUGUUUGUCAGAUGUGACUCCAUCCCGAACCCAAACCCCGGCCAGAGCGGUGCAAUCGAUAACAUCGUCUCGGUCUCGGGUCUCUAUACCGUAGGACUGGCAGCGUAUACACCGAGUAAAUGUGGUGCGGCGACGGUCAUGGAGAACGGUGCCAAGUUCUAUGGCCUCAGUGGUAUUUAA